AUCAUAACCCCGCUGUAGAGAUGUGUCGGGGCGUCAGUCUGAGUGGAACACCCGCGCAGGAGGGUCGGGUUUAUUCAGCUCCUCACAUUUCUGAGGGCUUUUCUGGACAGGGAGUGAGGAACCAAAACCAGCGUGGAAUGAGUGGAAUAUUUCGUCUUCACUGAUGCCUCCCAAGGUUCUCCCACCUAUUUCCCAAUGGAGCGUGACUUUCUACAACAGGAAAGGGAAAUCUAGCUGCUGACGGUUAGGACACUUCCCUAACCCUGACCUUUUUCCUGAGCAAUGCCCUCUGAGGAGUGUGAGGGCCUUGGGCAGAAUGUCUCGUUUUUCUACUCUCAGACUAAUAAGACCAUCAGCGAACAGUGGAAGUCGAUCGACUUUGUGGUGGUGGGGCUCGGGGUCCCGGUCUGCUUCCUCAUCAUCCUCGCCAACCUGAUGGUGAUGGUGGCCAUCCUCGUGAACCGCAGCUUCCACUACCCCGUCUACUACCUGCUGGGGAACAUGGCGGCCGCCGACCUCUUCGCUGGGAUCUCCUACUUCAAUCUCAUAUUUCACACUGGCCCGUGGACCAUCACGCUGAGCCAGCAGCAGUGGUUCGUCCGCGGAGCUCUGAUAGAGAUGAGCCUGACCGCCUCUGUGCUCAACCUGCUGGCCGUGGCUUUAGAGCGCCAUCAGACCAUCUUCACCAUGCAGCUCCACAGCACCAUGUCCAACCGCCGCGUGCUGCUGCUCAUCGUGUUCAUCUGGGUGGUGGCCAUCAUCAUGGGCCUGGUGCCCACCAUGGGCUGGAACUGUGUGUGCCAGACCUCCCUGUGCUCCACCGUGGCUCCGCUCUACUCUCGGAGCUUCCUGGUGUUCUGGGCCUUGCUCAACCUCCUCACCUUCUCCAUCAUGGUGGCCAUUUAUACGCGCAUUUUUGUGUAUGUUCGGCGGAAGAACCAGAGCAUGACGCUGUGCAUGGUCCAGGACAAGACCGGGGACACACUCGUGAGCCUCAUGAAGACCGUCUCCAUGAUUCUGGGCGCCUUCGUGAUCUGCUGGACUCCGGGUCUGGUCAUUCUGCUGCUGGACGGGCUGAACUGUUCAGAGUGUCAGGUUCUGAAAUACGAGAAGUACUGUCUGGUUCUGGCCGAGUGCAACUCCCUGGUGAACCCCAUCAUCUAUUCGUGCCGAGACAAGGAGAUGAGGAAGACCUUCAAACGCAUCCUGUGCUUCCUCUGCAGGAGAGGGAUUGACCCGGAGAGCGAGCCCCCCAACGUCCAGAGCGAUACUCUUAAAAGAGAGCGUCUGCUGAAGGAGAAAUACCCAGAGAACUUCACCAACACUCUGUGAGGAUUUCUACCAGGCUACAGAACUGCUGAAGUGCUGUUCUCUCUGAAUCAAACGUGAUUCUGAUGCAAUCACGGACACGAGCGGCAGAUCACCUCAUACUCCUCUCACUGCAACUGACAGUAAAAUUGUUCUUGUUUCACAAAUGCAGAUGUGGUGCACUGUCUGAACUGGUUUAAAAGAGGGAAACGAUGAAAAUAACUGUGAAACUUCCCAGACCACAAGUCUACCAAGUGUACGUUAUGUUCUGCAUUCACGGCAGAAGCAAAGAAAGUUAACAUCUAAACCUCUGAUCACGUAACCAGUCAAUAAAAUCCUACAAAAAUUUGA